AUGCAUCUCUCUCAGGGGAACGUGUGCUGCGCCUUCGAGUCGCCCAUCCUGGAUCAGGUUUUACCUCCGGUACUGAUUCUGGAGUUCAUAUUUGGACUGAUGGGGAACUUCAUCGCCCUGUGGAUGUUCAUCUUCCACAUGGACGUGUGGAAACCCAACGCCGUGUACCUGACUCACCUUGCUGUUGCCGACAUCAUCGUGCUGUUCUGCCUACCUUUCAGGGCUGACUACUACAGGCGUGGAAAAAACUGGCUCCACGGCGAUGCCAUGUGUCGUAUCCUGCUCUUUCUGCUCGCCACCAACCGUGCGGCGGGGAUCUUCUUCCUCACGGCCGUGGCUGUCGAUCGUUACUUGAAAAUCGUCUACCCAAUGAACUGGAUCAACCAAAUGGGCCUAGGCAAGGCUCUCUGGGUCUCCCUCGGCCUCUGGGGUCUGGUUUUUCUCGCCACUGGAUAUCUUCUUACCAGUGAGCACUUCUACCGCAAGAACAACCAUACGCAGUGUGAGAGUUUCAACAUCUGCAUGGGCUUCAGUCCCCUCUCCACCUGGCACAACACCUUCUACAUCAUCCAGUUUUUCCUUCCUGCUUUAAUCAUCGCUUUCUGCACCAUCAGAAUCACAUGGCAGCUGAGAAACGGGACAUUGGUCGUAGAUGAUAAAAUCAAACGGGCUAUUAAAUUUGUCUGGGCUGUAGCUUUAAUCUUUAUUAUCUGCUUCUUUCCCAGCACAAUAUGCCGCAUAGCUAUGUGGAUCUUAGAGGUGUGGUAUGAUGAUUGCAAAUACUUCGAAGAGGCCAACCUGGCUUUCUACACGUCAGUGUGUUUCACUUACUUCAACAGCGUCCUCAACCCUGUUGUGUAUUAUUUAUCAAGCCCUGCCUUCAACGGCGCCUUCAAGAAGUUCCUGAAUAAGUUGCUGGGAAGGAACGAUCCACAGACCACAACUUCAACUCAGAACAAGCACCACUGACGGUAGAAGGGUAUAAACCACAAAGGUUUCUGAACUUUUCCAUGAAUGCAUACCGUGUGUUAAAGAUCUGGCUAUUGAUUAAACCUUUAUUACCCUACUCCAUGACUAUAAUAAAACGUAAAGGAAGGGGUUUUGCAAUUUAAAAUAUUCAUCAUUUGGGAUAUAUAUUCACCGCAAAUGAUUGUAAAAGUCCAA